AUGGGUGGGUAGAAGGGGGCUGCCUGUGGUUGCUGAGGCGAGCGACACAAACAAGAUGGCGGACAUUAGAUGAUAUCUUGAUUUUAGCCUUUCGUAAUAAGUUUACCUCGAAAUAUGGCCGUCGAUAUGAUCGAUAGGUUCAACCCAAAGCUCGCUAAGUACAUAUCGGCCCUCACAGCUGCAGAAGAGCUUUGUUUAAGCGGUGAGCCACCGCAGAUUAAGGACCCCAAGACAGGUGAAAGCUAUCCCCCAACCAGCGCAAGGUGCCAUGAUCGAUUCAAAGUCGUCAUUCCUUUUGCUGGACAGACAUUGAGGUGGGAAGUGAUAUUUAGUGAUGUUGAUAUGCCUCCCGACCUUUCAUUUGGCUCACACGAUGCAGGGUUUGUCCCAGAUAUUACUUCUUUACAGUUCCUCAAUUCCUGGGAUCUUGAUGACCCCAACAGCCUUGUAAGUCUGCUACAAGAGUUGAUUGGCCAAUACAAGCAAUACCAGGCAGAUUUGGUUGCGAAAAUACCAAGACUGCAAUUCGACUGUGACUUUCUUACAUCAAGUGAAGAAUACAGUGAUUUUGAGAUUCUGUCCUUCCGUGGAAACCAGAGCUAUGAAAAUAUUGUGAAUAUUUUUAUCAGGAUACCUGUUGAUCUAGAUUCCAUUCCACCAUAUCUUAUUGCGGAGAACCCUGGCAAAGACAUAGCAUGUCUGCUGAUUUCAUACCAGUCACCGGAGGGAUCAGUUCAAGUCACGCCCAAGCUGUUUCUCUCACCUCGGCUAGAACGAGCAUUUGGCAGAUCAUCAUCUCUGCACAUCCCUCCUUGGGGAGGACAAAAUGGAUCUUGCCUGAUGGACUACGUGCCUGCAGUCCAUCAGAUGCUCACGCAAAAGGUCAAAGCAGUCAGCUCUGGCUAUAGGCUGAGAAAGGAUUAUGUCUCUGCUUUUCUGAGUUUAUUUGGAGGCUCAGUGUUGGAGUAUGAUGCAGGAAAGUUUCACUCACUGAGCCUUCUUUUCAAAGUCCAGGGAUUCUGCUGCAUAUUAAAAAUCCAUUUGUCAGUGGGUUUUCCUCUGGAUAAACCAUCCUUCACCUUGCACUCAAUAUACCAUGAGUCCAAUGGUAUCCCAUAUCACGAGGAACACAAAAAUUACUCCUACUCCCCGCGGUGGUCUCCAUCAGAAAUGGCAGAGGCAGCAAGGAGCUAUCUGCUACAAGCUGUACCAGAGUUCAAAGAAUCUUCCUUAUCCAAUGGAACCUUCUGAGACAAAAUAUGUUGUAGACAGGACAUUAUAUAUCUGGUAAAACAAAGAUCAACUCGAUACAAGCCACUUUGGAAUUGAAACAGAUCCUUUUCCAGUGGAACCUUUUGCAUCUGACCACAAUAUCUCAUGAGCUGGUCAAAUGAUGUCAACUGAGUGAAUCCAGACUUUUUUAAACAUAAGUCUUUGAUAUAAGACUUCAAAUGUUAUUUAUACACAACAAGGAGACGUAUUUUUCAUAUUGUUUUACUAUAAAAAAAGGGGGGGGGGGGGGUUGAUAUCCAUCUCAUUCACUCCCCCAUAUCCAUCCUGAUCAGGCAAAAGAGUCUUCCUUGGUUGGGGGGGGGGGGGGGUGAAUAGGUUAGCGGAUAUGCGGAUUCGGCUCCGAAAUGCUCACGGAUUACGGAUUUUGACGAUUAUUUCAGCGGAUUGGCGGAUUUUGGUAAUAUGGCGGAUCACGGAUCUGUCGACAAUUUGGGCGCGGAUUUCGGAUUUUGACUGCUUUGACGGUCGAAUUUCGGAUUUAAAAUGAAUUUCGGUCGAUGCUAUUGUUUAUCUGUCAAACCAUGCGGAUCUAAAAAUAUCUGCGGAUCCACGGAUUUGCCCCGAAAAUGUAGCGGAUCUGCGGAUUUACGUACCCCUAUUCCCCCCCCCCCCCCCCCCCCCCUUGGUUAGACAUUAAACUUUGUGGUGAUACUCUAAAAGAGGAUCAGGCCGAUAGAAAUAAGGACUCUGGUACAUCGAACAUAAAGGUGAUAUGAGAUUUUUAAAUUUAAGGAUUAAAAUAAGAUAUUGCAACUCAGAAUCAAGUAGGCCUACGGUAUUAUUUUUGUAGAUCACCUCAUUUAGAUGUUUCAAGCUAAGUUUUUCCUUUUUUAUGUGUGAUUUAAGAAUAAUCAACACCUCCUCUACUAAGGGAAAUAGAAAUUGAGGGAGGAAAAUGUUAUAAAGCGGCAUAGAGAUGGUGAAAACACCUGUAUACAAUCACUAAAUUUUGUUUAAUCUACUGAAUUGAGAUUCCAUGGGUGUUUUCAGGAUAAAAUAUCCUUCCGAGUGAAGAACAGAGUUUUUAAACCACACAACAUUCUCCUUUGUAUAUUUCUUUUAGUUUUGUAGUGACAUUGCUUGAUUAUACAUUUAUUUAAAAAAAGUGUUGAAAAGGGG